UCAGACGCCGCCAAACGACCUAACAACAACUCUUGUUUCCAAUUCCAAAUCUCAUUUUACAGCAAAAACGAAUAAACCGAAUAAAAAGUACCGGUAUUUAGGAGGAGAAGAAGCAUUUUAUUGACCAUUUUUUGGUCGGUGCUUUUCCUCCAAGAAACUUACAAUAUUCAAACAAAUACUUAUUCAGAGCUCCCCAUUUUCCAAUUUGUUUUGCACAAUUUUGGCGCAAGUUUUACUUGUCAUCAUAGUUAGGGUUUUGAGCAGUUUGUAUUUUUUGGGAGCCUUAAAUGGAGAUUGCUGGAUCUAGAAGAAAGUCUUUUAACCAAACUGAGAUUAAUUGGGACAAGCUUGAUAAGACUAAGUUCUAUGUCGUAGGAGCUGGAAUAUUUACAGGACUUACUGUUGCACUAUACCCCAUUUCCGUUAUCAAGACGAGAAUGCAGGUUGCAACCAACAAUGCUGCAAAAGACAAUGCAUUUUCUGUUGUCAGGGGCCUAGUGCGAAACGACGGCAUUCCCGGUUUAUAUAGAGGCUUUGGAACUGUCAUUACAGGGGCGAUUCCUGCCAGGAUUAUAUUUCUCACAGCACUAGAGACCACUAAGGUGGCCGCAUUUAAGAUGGUUGAACCAUUCAAGCUAUCAGAACCUGUACAGGCAGCUAUAGCAAAUGGCGUUGCUGGCAUGAUGGCGUCUCUUUGUUCACAAUCCGUCUUUGUUCCAAUUGACAUAGUCAGUCAAAGGUUAAUGGUGCAAGGAUACUCAGGACAUGCAAGCUACAAUGGAGGCUUGGAUGUUGCUCGAAAAAUUCUGAAGUCAGAAGGUAUUCGUGGACUAUAUAGAGGAUUCAGUCUAUCUGUUCUAACAUACUCACCAUCCAGUGCUGUAUGGUGGGCAAGUUACGGUUCGAGCCAGCGGUUCAUAUGGAGCAAGCUCUUGGAUAAUGGAACUGAGCAAGGUGGUCCUGCUCCGAGCCAGGGGAAAAUAGUAGCAGUUCAAGCUGCUGGUGGGAUCGUUGCUGGUGCUACUGCAUCUUGCAUAACAACUCCAUUGGACACCAUUAAAACUCGAUUGCAGGUGAUGGGACACGACAAGAGACCUACUGCACGCCAAGUAGUUAAGCAGCUAAUUGCCGAGGAUGGUUGGACAGGAUUUUAUAGGGGAUUAGGUCCAAGAUUUGUCAGCAUGUCAGCGUGGGGAACCUCCAUGAUACUUGCCUAUGAAUAUCUCAAGCGCUUGUGUGCAAUAAACGAAUAGGUUGAUAAAGCUAGCUGCCAGACACUUGUGGCAGGGUUUUAUAUUACUGACAGUUUUGAGAGCUGGAGAUAUCAAGACCGUGGUAGCGCUGCUGAUUAGCUGACUGUAUACUAAUGACGCUAUGACACUGAUACAUAAGUUGACUUGGAAUUCAAGUACCUGGCCAAAACACAAUUAAUUUUCUCAGGAGUUUACUCACAAUAUUCUUAAAUGAUUUUUACCGGAUAAAUGUAAUAUUCAUUGGUUGUAGUCAGUCACUACAGGGAGGACAAAGGAUAUGUUCUUGAAUAAUUUUUGCCAGAUAAUAAAUGUAAUAUUCAUUCAUAUAGGAAUAAAUGAAUGCUUGAUCCUCCUACAUUUUUUUAA